AGCUUUUAUACUUAUUUUACACGCCGAAACCUUGUUUUUAUUUACGAUACACGUUUCCUCUAACUUGCAAGGGGAAAUUUUGAAUAAUAAAUUCUUAUAUCGACCGGACACGCGUGACAGUUUAAUCUAGGUGAAUGCAUAUUUUAAUGCGAAUUAAUGGUAGUUAUUCGAUCGUUUCUACUUUAAUUACGACUAUACGGGAUUAUAUUAAUUAUAUUCAAAAACUUUGACGUUGUUUCUUUCAAUUGUGAUAUCGAUACAUCGUGAAAGUUAAAAAAUGGCUGAUGAAGAAGAAGAGAAGGAAUAUCGAUGGGAGACUGGUUACGAAAAGACAUGGGAAGCACUUAAGGAAGAUGACCAUGGACUAUUGGACGCAUCCAUCGCAGAUAUUAUUCACAAUGCUAAGAGAAAACGUCAGAUGGAUAAGAAGGUUGGAGCCAGAUUAGGAAUGAUGAGACACCUUUACAUAAUUCUUGAUGCUUCUGAAUCAAUGUCUAAUCAAGAUUUAAAACCAACUCGUUUCUUAUGUUCAUUGAAGCUUUUAGAAGAUUUUAUCGAAGAAUUUUUUUAUCAAAAUCCCAUAAGCCAGUUAGGAGUAAUUGUUACAAGAAAUAAAAGAGCAGAAAAAGUAAGCGAGUUAGCUGGAAAUUCGAAGAAACACGUGAAGGAAAUACGAGCCAUGCAACACGCGAUUCAGCCAGCAGGCGAGCCAUCGUUACAAAAUUCUCUAGAGCUGGCUUUAAAGUCUUUACGUAUUUUACCGUCGCACGCCAGUAAAGAAAUACUUGUUAUUAUAGGAGCACUUACAACAUGCGAUCCAAGAGAUAUCAAUGAAACUAUACAAAGUAUGAAAUCAGACUGUGUAAGAUGUAGCGUGAUAGGAUUGGCUGCUGAGUUAUUCAUUUGCAAAAGAAUGGCAACAGCAACCGGCGGAGAACAUGGUGUAGCGCUAGACGACAAACAUUACAAAGAACAGUUGAACAUGCAUAUAGAUCCACCACCAGCCGCAACGAGAUUGGAUGCCGCUCUUGUAAAAAUGGGUUUUCCUCAUCAUGCUUUGCAUUCCUCUACGACUGACACGUGUAUGGCGGUCUGCAUGUGUCAUGCGGAAAGCGCAGAUGAAUCUGUUAAGCUUACCAGUACAGGAUACCUUUGUCCUCAAUGUCUAAGCAAACAUUGCGAACUUCCCGUAGAAUGCAGAGCAUGCGGGCUUACUUUAGUGUCUGCUCCUCACUUGGCUCGAUCGUAUCAUUACUUAUUCCCCGUCGAGCCAUUUAAAGAAUUACCAUUUAGCGGGACCUCCUCUACUUGUUACGGUUGUCAAAAACUUAUUACGCAAAAGGACAAGAAGAUAUACUUUUGCAACAAAUGUAAUCAAACAUUUUGUUUGGACUGCGAAAUAUUUAUUAACGAAUCUUUACAUACGUGCCCAGGCUGUGCUACAAAUCCAGAUACAUAUCAAAGAUCCAUGAACAGAACUUAAUUUACUCGAUGUAUGUAGAAUAACAUUAAUAAUUUUAGUUAUUUUAUACCAAAUACUUUAAUAGUAAAUAUGGUCAUUUACGAUCAGUUCUAUGUAUAACGAAUUCUUAUACUGUAGAACUGGCCUGUGAUACGUUUAUACGAACAAUCUCCUCUGAUUAAAGGGGAAUAAAUGAAAUGACAAUAAUAAUAAUAAUAAUGACGU